UUAUAAAAGUAUGUAUAACAUGUAUAAGGUGUUUAGUUUUCGUAAGUGAGGCUAGGAAGCUUGACAGAAUGAAGCUCGUCUUAAUAUGUAUAACUGUAUGCAUUUUGUCUGCAGUUGGCGCCAGCCAGUUAGAGUUUGAAUCCUCUUCCUCCUCAUUCAAUGAAAUUAAGAAAGAGGUUGAGGCUCCAAAAUCAGAAGUAGCCAAGUUGAAGUCAAAAAGUAAAAUGGAAAUUGAGUUUGAGGCCCUGAAAUCAGAAGUAGCCAUGUUGAAGACAAAAGUCCAACGAUAUGGCCAUCACCAUGGUAACCGUUGUAAAUCUGGAACUGCACAGCUUGGGUAUUCAGGUAAACGAAAUAAAAGUCGAGUUCAGUACAUACCUUUUCAUGGACCUUUCUACAGGACACCGGCUUUAGUGGUUGGAAUGACCUCAUUGGAUACCUACAGGAAAAAGAAUGUGAGGAUACGUACGACUGUACACCAUCUGUCCAGACAUGGAUUCGUAUUGAAAAUUACUUCCUGGGCCAACUCGAUUACCUACAAUGUUGUCUAUACGUGGAUGGCGUGUCCCAAGUAGACUUACACAGAAUCAUAUUUGUACCUAUUCUUCUAUGGGUGUAUUCCAAUUGUGACGUUCUACAAACCCCCUGUUUCGGUCUUGUUAUUUCUUUUAAAUAAUAAAGCUUUAAUCAAU